CUCAAUUAACCGGGGCGCGAAACCGCUGCAGCGGCAGCCGGACGCGCUCUCUCUCUCUCUCUUCUACCUGGGGCCAUGGGCCGCGCACGCGCGCCCGGGACCCGGUCACCACCGCCGCCGCCGGUGCCGCCGCCGCGGCUGCUGCUGCUGCUGCUGCUGUCAUCGCUGCUGCUGCUGCUGUCCCCGACCGUGCGGGGCGACUGCGGCCCACCUCCAGAAAUACCUAAUGCCACGCCAGAACUGGGUGGGCAAACCAGUUUUUUCGAGCAAAGCAGUGUGGUAUAUUCAUGUAAUAAAGGUUUUCAGAAAAUCCCAGACAAGCAAGACACGGUGUUGUGUCUUGAAAAUGGUCAAUGGUCUACCAUCGAAACAUUCUGUAAUAAAAGCUGUGAUGCUCCAACAAGGGUGUCUUUUGCAUCCCUAAAAAAGGAAUAUAACAACUUGAAUUAUUUCCCGAUUGGUUCCACUGUGGAAUAUGAAUGUCGGCCAGGAUUUCAAAGAAAACCUUCACUAUCAGGCAUAUCAACUUGCCUUGAGAAUUUAGAAUGGUCCAAAGUUGAUGAAUUUUGUAAAAGAAAAUCAUGUCGUAAUCCUGGAGAAAUAAAAAAUGGUCAUAUCAACAUAGUAACGGACAUAUUAUUUGGUUCAGAAAUAAGCUUCUCAUGCGACACAGGGUACAGGCUGGUUGGUUCAGCCUCUAGCUUCUGCUCUCUUUCGGGAAAUACUGUUGAGUGGAGUGACCCAUUUCCCGUGUGCACAGAAAUUUUUUGUCCAGAUCCACCAGAAAUCGAGAAUGGACGUAUUAAAGAGGAAAGUGAUACUUAUGCAUAUAGACAUGCUGUCACCUAUGUGUGUGACAAAGGCUUCGUCCUGCUUGGAAAGAGUUCCAUUUAUUGUAACGUGGAAGAUGGCCAAGGGAAAUGGAGUGACCUAGCACCCCAGUGCAUAGAGAAAUCCAAGAUCCCAUCAACAUCUCCAAAACCAACAACAGUUAAUGUUCCAGAUACAAGAGUCUCACCAACAUCUCAGAAACCCACCACAGUUAAUGUUCCAGGUACAAGAGUCCCACCAACAUCUCCAAAACUGACAACAGUUAAUGUUCCAGUAACGCAGCGUGUACCUGCUACCAAGACAACCACACAUCGUCCACCAGGAACAUCUAAAGAUAAAGAAAGGUCUACCUCAGAUGGUAACCAUCUUAUAUAUGGAUUUGUUGCUGGUACUAUAGUGAUUAAUAGCAUACUUAUACUCAAAGCUUCUUGGACCCUUUUCAAACCAGACAGAAGCUCUGACUACCAAGAACAGAAGAGGGAUGUCUCAAUGUAAGAAGAGAACAAGAAUCCACUUUGUCCAUCUGUUCCCCCUUUUAGGGGGGGUGCUCAAUGGAUUAGAUGAUGGCUGCCUA